UUUUAUAUCAUUUUCUUCUGUUAUCCUCUCUCAUUAUUGUCUUCCUCCUUAAAGAAAGGGUUUUGAUAAUCCCAAUCCAUGGAUUAUCGUAGCUUCGACUCUAAUCAAGAAACCACCUCUGAAUCGUCGAGUUUGAGUCUUAGACCGUUUGAAUUCGAAGCUUUCUUUGUAAAGUUCUGAGCUUUACUCAUGGCCGCUUAUGCUCGUAGCUUCGCCUCGUUGACCCAUCUCCACCAAACCUUCUCGCCGCCGAUACCUCUUCUCCGACGACAUCACAGCGCGAAACCCACUUCCCGAAUCACCUGCAACCUCAAAUUCAACCGCCACGCCGCCGGGAAGCUCCGAUCAUCCCGUUCCGUGGAACUAGACCGGUUCAUCACAAGCCAAGAAGAAGAAGGCGAAGCGGAUGAGGAGAUAGGAGAGGGUUUUUUCGAGGCGAUCGAGGAGCUGGAGAGGAUGACGAGAGAGCCCUCCGACAUCCUCGAGGAGAUGAACCACAGACUCUCUCCUCGAGAGCUGCAGCUGAUGCUCGUCUACUUCGCGCAAGAAGGGAGAGACUCGUGGUGCGCGCUCGAGGUCUUCGAGUGGCUGAAGAAGGAAGAUAGAGUCGACGAGGAGAUGAUGGAGCUGAUGGUUUCGAUAAUGUGCGGGUGGGUUAGGAAGCUGAUCGAGGAGGAGUGCGGCGCGGGGGAAGUGUUGGAGCUGUUGGUUGAUAUGGAUUGCGUUGGGUUGAGGCCUGGGUUUAGUAUGAUGGAGAAGGUCAUUGCUUUGUACUGUGAGAUGGGGAAGAAGGAGAGUGCUGUUUUGUUUGUUAAGGAGGUUUUGAGAAGGAGAGAUGGGUGUGGUGGUUACAGUGUUGUUGUUGGUGGCUCUGAGGGGAGGAAAGGUGGGCCCAGUGGGUAUCUUGCUUGGAAAAUGGUGGUUGAUGGAGACUAUAGGAAGGCUGUUGAUUUGGUUGUUGAUUUGAGACACUCAGGGCUAAAGCCAGAAGCUUACAGCUAUCUCAUCGCGAUGACAGCUAUUGUGAAGGAGCUGAACAGUCUUGGGAAGACUUUACGCGAGUUGAAGCGAUAUACAAGGGCUGGUCUUGUUGCUGAGAUUGAUGAUCACGGUAGGUUGCUCAUAGAGAAGUACCAGUCAGAGCUCAUAUCUCGCGGACUCGAGUUAGCAGCCUGGGCGAUGCAGGAAGGUCAAGAUAAUGAGUCCAUUGUUGGGGCGGUCCACGAGAGACUACUGGCGAUGUACAUUUGCGCAGGACGUGGACCAGAAGCGGAGAAACAGCUUUGGGAGAUGAAAUUCGCGGGGAGAGAACCUGAAGCUGACCUCCACGACAUUGUGAUGGCGAUCUGCGCUUCGCAGAAAGAGGCUGAUGCGGUUUCGCGGCUUCUGAGGCGUGUGGAGUUCAUGGGAGCUGAGAGAAGGAAGAAGACUUUGUCGUGGUUGCUCAGAGGGUACGUGAAAGGUGGACACUUUGAAGAGGCUUCGGAGACGUUGGUAACGAUGAUCGACUCUGGUUUGUGUCCGGAGUAUAUUGAUCGAGUGGCUGUGAUGCAAGGGAUGACGAGGAAGAUCCAACGGCCACGGGAUGCUGAAGCGUAUAUGGGUUUGUGCAAGAAGCUGUUUGAUGCUGGUUUAGUAGGACCUUGUCUUGUGUAUAUGUACAUGGAUAAAUAUAAGAUGUGGAUAGUGAAGAUGAUGUAAACGCAGGAGGAUGAGGUUGAAGACUCAAAACUAAGUUUGGAGAGGUUGAGAUCUUCUAUUUUUGGUAUAUAAAAUCUGUAUGUAUGCAGUAAUACGUAUAAUCUCUGUGUAUGUAAUGAAAAUAACUUAGGCGUAUGGUAUAUAUAUAUAUUGAUAAUCAUGUACUGUACUUAUGAAAUAGUCUUUGAAAUUCUCUGUUUGUGAA